UUAUGGGAUAUGUAUAUUUGUAGGUUGACGGGUAACACAGCUUCGGCUCGUCCUGUGUGUGUGAUUACAUUACAUGCGUGUUCUGUGUUCCGAGAUUUGUUGAACCCAUCAAUCAGCAUUCAGCAUUGAACCGUACGAUCCGAUUCGGAUCGAAUGCGGCACCGUAAUGUAGAGGUCAAUUCUCAAGAGUUUAACGUGAGCACGUUACUGAAUCUUGAAAUUUAGAUCGCAAAUCCACAAUGUCUUGGGGAUUGGGUUGGAAGAGACCUUCGGAGAUCUUCCACCUCACUCUCAGCUAUGGCAUCGACGAUCCGCCGGAGAAUCUCGCCCGCACUUCAACCUCCUCCCGCUCUUCCUCUUCUUCUUCGUCCUCGUCGUCUUCGUCGGGUUCUAUUUCCUCAAUCCUCUCGCAGGAUCAGGACCUCGGGUUUCGCAUUGAAUUGGAUUGGUCGGCGUCGGACGACGAGGAUCAGGUGGCGUUGAAGCUUCAGUCCCAGCUGAUGGUGGCGUUGCCGAUGCCGCAGGACACGGUCGUGGUUGAGUUGAGGCCGAGGGACGAUGAUGAAAGCGUGGUGGACUUGGGAAUGAAGGUUGUUAAGCGAAGGGAGCCUCUCAGGGCGGUCACAAUGGCCAAGGCCGUUGCCUCCGGUCAGCAGAGCGACGGCACUGGUAUUUUGAUACGCUUGUUGCGCUCCGAUUUGCCGUCCUCGAUGCCGCCAAACGUUGGAGAUGCCGUUGCCGGUUCCGGCCACCACUGGACUAGUCUUGCUGCGCUCAGCCUCUGCGGCUGUGGCUUGUCGGUAUUACCAGUAGAGCUUACACAAUUGCCACACCUUGAGAAACUCUAUCUAGAUAACAACAGGCUAACUGUUUUGCCACCUGAGCUUGGUGAGCUAAGAAGCUUAAAAGUGCUCAGGAUUGACAACAAUAUGCUUGUCUCGGUGCCUGCGGAACUGAGACAGUGUAUGCAGUUGGUGGAGUUGUCAUUGGAACAUAACAAGCUUGUUAGGCCACUUCUUGACUUCAGGGCUAUGGCUGAAUUACGGGUUCUUAGGCUAUUUGGAAAUCCUCUUGAGUUUCUUCCUGAAAUUUUGCCCCUCCACAAACUUCGACACCUUUCUCUUGCAAAUAUUAGGAUCGUGGCAGAUGAAAAUUUGAGAUCAGUGAAUGUGCAAAUAGAGAUGGAAAACAGUUCUUAUUUCGGUGCAUCUAGGCAUAAACUCAGUGCCGUCUUCUCUCUUAUAUUCCGAUUUUCUUCUUGUCAUCACCCUUUACUAGCAUCUGCACUAGGAAAGAUAAUGCAAGACCAAGGAAAUAGAGUGUUUGUAGGUAAAGACGAGAAUGCAGUGCGACAGCUUAUAAGCAUGAUAAGUAGUGACAACUGUCAUGUGGUUGAACAAGCCUGCUCUGCUCUUUCAUCCCUUGCCUCUGAUGAUUCCGUAGCAUUGCAUCUGAUGAAAGCAGACAUCAUGCAACCAAUUGGAACAGUUCUAAAAUCUGCAGGUCUGGAAGAGGUAAUAUCUGUAUUGCAAGUUGUGGUCCAGUUGGCUUUCACAUCUGAUACUGUGGCUGAGAAGAUGUUGACCAAGGAUAUUUUAAAAUCAUUGAAAAACUUAUGUGCCCAUAAAGAUCCAGAGGUACAAAGGCUAGCUCUGUUAGCUGUUGGGAAUUUGGCCUUCAGUCUGGAAAAUCGUCGCAUACUUGUUUCUUCUGAAAGCUUACGAGAACUUCUCUUACGUCUAGCUGUUGCAACUGAGCCACGUGUGUAUAAAGCUGCAGCUCGUGCUUUGGCAAUUCUUGGAGAAAAUGAAAACCUGAGGCGUGCAAUAAAAGGAAGACAAGUGGGUAAGCAAGGACUUCGCAUACUCUCAAUGGAUGGAGGAGGAAUGAAAGGUCUAGCAACUGUACAAAUGCUAAAGGAAAUUGAAAAAGGAACUGGAAAACGAAUACAUGAGUUGUUUGAUUUAAUAUGCGGCACAUCAACAGGAGGAAUGCUAGCUGUUGCACUUGGGAUUAAGUUAAUGACUUUGGAAGAAUGUGAAGAUAUAUACAAAAAUCUUGGGAAGCUUGUUUUUGCUGAUCCUGUUCCCAAGGACAACGAAGCUGCUACUUGGAGAGAAAAAUUAGAUCAACUUUAUAAAAGUUCAUCACAGAGUUUUAGGGUUGUUGUUCAUGGAUCAAAACAUAGUGCAGAACAGUUUGAAAGGCUAUUGAAGGAAAUGUGUGCUGAUGAAGAUGGAGAUCUAAUGAUAGAUUCUGCUGUGAAAAAUGUGCCCAAAGUUUUUGUUGUAUCAACCUUGGUGAGCAUGAUGCCUGCACAACCAUUUGUAUUUCGCAAUUAUCAGUACCCUGCUGGAACACCUGAGGUGGCUCUUGUUGCAACAUCAGAUGGCUCUGGGAUCAAUGUAUUAGCUUCACCUAUAGGUGAACAGGUUGGCUAUAAGCGUAGUGCUUUCAUUGGAAGCUGUAAGCAUCAAGUAUGGAAGGCUAUCAGAGCAUCAUCUGCUGCUCCUUAUUAUCUUGAUGAUUUCUCAGAUGAUGUCAACCGCUGGCAAGAUGGUGCGAUAGUGGCUAACAAUCCUACAAUUUUUGCCAUAAGAGAAGCACAACUUCUGUGGCCAGAUACAAAAAUUGACUGUCUGGUUUCAGUAGGAUGUGGUUCUGUUCGAACCAGGGUACGAAAAGGAGGUUGGCGGUAUCUGGAUACGGGGCAGGUGUUGAUUGAGAGUUCAUGCUCUGUUGAUCGGGUGGAGGAAGCUUUAAGUACAUUGCUACCCAUGCUUCCUGAGAUACAAUAUUUUCGUUUCAAUCCAGUUGAUGAACGCUGUGAUAUGGAACUUGAUGAGACAGAUCCGACUAUCUGGCUAAAGUUGGAAUCUGCGAUUGAAGAAUAUAUACAAAAGAAUCAUCACGCAUUUGAAAAUGUGUGUGAUAGAUUGCUUCUUCCUUUCCAGCAUGAGGAGAAGUGGUCAGAAAAUCUGAGAUCUAAAUUACCCAAGACAAAGGAAUCACUUGAGGGUGCUGAUGGCCCCACCUUAGGGUGGAGGCGUAAUGUACUACUUGUUGAAGCUUCACAUAAUCCAGAUUCUGGAAGAGUGAUCCACCAUGCCCGGGAACUUGAGUCAUUUUGUGCUCGUAAUGGCAUACGUUUAUCCCUAAUGCAGGGUUUGUCUGGGAUUGUAAAAACAGUGCCAUCAACAACAUUCCCAACUCCAUUUCAAUCACCUCUGUUUACAGGAAGCUUCCCUUCGAGUCCCCGCAUGUUUAGUCCUGAUCUUGGUCAGAGGAUUGGACGAAUUGAUCUGGUCCCACCUUUAAGUUUAGAUGGUCAAUUAGGGAAAACAAUUGCAUCACCUCCAAUGUCUCCUCGAGGACUUAGACAGCUCUCUUUUCCCGUGAAAUCAUUGCAUGAGAAAUUGCAGAAUUCACCGCAAGUGGGUGUUAUACAUUUGGCUCUUCAAAAUGACUCGGAUGGCUUAAUUGUGAGUUGGCACAAUGAUGUAUUUGUUGUGGCUGAACCUGGAGAACUCGCUGAGAAAUUUCUGCAAAAUGUUAAAUUCAGUUUGUUGUCAACAAUGAGGAGCCAUCGCAGAAGGGGCGCAUCUCUCCUGGCCAAUAUUUCUACUAUUUCUGAUUUAGUUGCCUUUAAACCUUAUUUCCAAAUUGGAGGCAUUGUCCACCGUUAUCUAGGCCGUCAAACCCUUGUUAUGGAAGAUGAUCAAGAAAUUGCUUCAUAUAUGUUUCGUAGGACUGUCCCUUCUAUGCACUUAUCCCCUGAGGAUGUACGAUGGAUGGUUGGAGCUUGGAGAGACAGGAUCAUAAUAUGCACAGGGACAUAUGGACCUACUCAUGCUCUUAUCAAGGCCUUUCUGGACUCUGGUGCCAAAGCUAUUGUUUGUUCUUCAAGUGAACCUCCAGAGUCUCUGUCGACCACUGUUGAUGGUUACAUAGAGUUGAAUGUGAUGGAAAAUGGGAAGUUUGAAAUUGGGGAAGAUGAAGCAGAUGAUGAGAAUAUACCCGCCAGUCCAGUAAGCGACUGGGAAGAUAGUGACGCUGAGAGAAAUGUGGACCACACUUUUUCUUUUUGGGACGAUGAUGAAGAGGAACUGUCACAUUUUGUUUGUCAAUUAUAUGAUUCAUUAUUCAGGGAAGGUGCUAGUAUCAAUGUUGCUUUGCAACAUGCUCUUGCCUCAUAUCGAAGAAUGAGGUAUGUGUGCCAUCUCCCCGGCGUACAAUAAUUUUGUUCACUUAAUCUUUCACAAUAAAAAAACACGAAAAUAAAGGAUGAGAGGGGGGGAAAGAUGAGUCUGUGUGAGAGAACAUGUUCUUAUAAAAUUAUACGGUCGAUAACCAAUUUUGAGGCUUAUAAAGAUGUGCAUUUAUAGUUGUUUCCGAUGUUCCUUACUAUUUUAUUUUGUUCCUUGUACUUGUUCAGUUGUUCCUACUGUGAUGACAUUCGGAGGAUUAGGGCUUCGGAGUAUCUGUAUUAUAGUCGUAGAUUGCCAUACUUUUUUUUUUUUUUGACGAAUCAGGUUAUUUUAAGACUCAGAUUUAAAAAAUAAUUUACUUUCCGAUGUA